AUGCCAGACCUCGUGCCUAAAAAUACUAUGGAUCUAAGAACAUCUGCUAAUAACUCAAUAAUGGAUAAAUCCAGCAGUUCUCCCACUACUAACAGCCAAUACUAGCGGGACGAAGUACUUAGCACUUAAACUUCCAUAGUGAAGAAUAAAAAUCACUUUGAUUAGUAUUUCCCCAAGAAUGAUAACCUCUUGCUCUAGGAUUACGUAAUACCGAAUCGCUUGAUGAAGCCUAAAGCUAUCCAAUAAUCGUUUAAAAGUUCAUUUUACUUGCCAUCUUCAAAUCUGUCUACAACCAUUUCAACUUAGAACGCGCACUUAGUUAAACUAGGCAGAGAUACCAGCCUAAAUAAUGCAACCAAUGAAAUUAGACGCAGAUGGAAUAGGUAUAAAAAGAUGCAAAAUGACCUUAUAAGCCUAAAGGCAUCCUAAUGCGAUAUAGUUAAAAAGUAGCUGCUGCUUAAACAAAUAAAGAUUCAGUUACCACAUUUAAAUCUAAGCGAUCUAAACGUUUUACAUAUGACUGGCAAUGAUUUGGAAUAAUUUUACUAUAAAGAGCUGUUUAAGUUGAAGCAAACCUAUGCUGCUGAGAAGAUUCAGAGUAUAUACAAAAUGUAUAAGGAUAGGAAGAAGUAUUUGAACAUUUAGAAGGAAAGACUUGAAGCAACUUAAAAAAUUAAAAAUAUGUGGAAAAAAUGCAGAUGGCAUAGAUUAGUAAGAUAGAUGGUCUAAUAAAGGAAGCAUGAAGCAGCGAUGAGAAUUAAAACGUAUUUAGUGGGCUUCCUGGCAAAGAAAUAAGUUAAACAAGAACUAGCUAAUAAGAAACUUCAAGAGAGCAUGCAGUAUUUUGAAAAGAAAAAAUUAGAGAUUCAGACUGAUGCUUAGGUCAAGAUUUGUUACUACUGGCGUAGAUAUAAAAAAGAACAAGAAGUUAUAAGGAAAAAUAUACUUGAAGCAUAGCUCAGGGGUAAUCUGAGCAUGGACAAAAAUUCAAAAGGCAGACGCAAGUAUACCAAAGGCGAUAUUUAUCAAAAGCCUGGUCCUUCUUGGGGAUACAGUAAACUUAGAUCUCAGAAGACCUAAAAUAUGAAGUCAUGA